CGAAAGCUAAUAGAGCCGAUUUAUAAAUGUAUACUUUUUUUGUUUAUUUUUAGAAUCAGAUGGAGUUGAAUUGUGAUUUUAAUGUGAAAUAAUGGUGGAUUAUGAAUAUCGUUAUUGUUUUGGUGCAAAUAGUUUGCCUACAUGAGGUUUUAAGCUCUUUUAGCAAUUUGCAUAAAACUGAUGACAGUCACCGCAUUACACAUAGAUAUGAAUCCGGUAGUAAAUAUAUUCCGUUGAUUCGAAAAAAUUAUUUUUCCCCCCUUCUCAAAUCUAACAGCAAUAAACAAAAAAAUAAACGCUGGGUCGACGUUGAUGAAGAUGAUGCCAACGCAGCUAAUGCGAACCGUCAAAAAACACCUUCCGAGCCAAAUUUGCCCGAUUUUUUACCUCAAAAUUCAAACAAACCUACCUCUAUCCAAACCUCCGAUUUAUCAUUAAAUGAUUUCUCAAGUUUGUCAAAUUUGGUUGGAGAUUUUGAUAAAGGUUUAACAAAUAAGUUCAAGUCAGUAAACGAUAUAACAAAUUUGGAGUCAGCAGCUCUAGAACAGAGUCAGCAACAAUCUCCAGUUAUACAACCAUUAGCAGCACUUUCUCCAAACGAACAAGUAGUUGGAGAACCAAUUCCAGUCACAAACAACCCUUUUUUUAUGUCAGAACUAAAUCAUAUGGAUCAAAGUCAUGGUACUGAAGUUGGUAUUCCUUUGGAAGCAUUUCAUCCGAAUAUCAUGCAUUUACAGCACCAAGCAAAUUAUCAAAUUGAUAUGCCCAAUCAAGCGUUUCAUUCCUCUGAUCCAAGCACAGAAGUUAUGAUACCUCAAUCCAAUAUUAUAUAUAGUCCAAAUGAACAUCGAGAAGAGGGCCCUAUUCAUAAGCAAGAAGAUGGUGCGCCAAUUGAAAAGUUUUUACCGGGUAAAAGUUUAUAUUUAAGACCCAUCCGAAUUAUUCAUAGACAACCACAUAGAUUAUUUCAACAUAGACAUGUGUUUCACAAGCCGAGAAUUAUUGUGAUUAGACGAAGACAUCGAUAUCAUCCAAACGAUCGGUCUGAUGAAAUUUCACAACAACAAUUGAUUUGUGGUGAAAGCGACUGCAAAAACGGAGGCUCUUGUAACAUUGUCAACAAUCAAAUCAAGUGUAUAUGCUUAAAGGGGUUUAAAGGAAAUCGUUGUGAAGAAAUCAGUAACUGCCAUCCUGAUCCUUGCAAAAAUGGAGGAAAGUGUACUGAAACAGAUGUUGGAUUCACUUGUACAUGCACUUCAUCAUUUUUUGGGGAAAGAUGUGAAACUCAAAGUUUUUGCCACCCAAAUCCUUGUCGAAACAAUGGUUAUUGUUAUGAAAAAGGAUCUACUUUUGAAUGUUCUUGUGAGUUUGGAUUUAAAGGUCCAACAUGUGCAUUAAAUUCAUUUUGCCAUCCAAUUGAUCCAUGUCAAAAUGGUGGUUUGUGUAGCGAAGAUGACUCAACAUACAAAUGCUCUUGUGCUAAAGGGUACUCAGGAACAAAUUGUGAAGUUAAACGACAGGUAUGUUCUAGCACUAUAUGUCAAAAUGGCGGAACUUGUUUGGAUGAUGGUGGUGUAUUGAGAUGCUCUUGCAUUGAUGAAUACAAAGGAAAAUACUGUGAAGAGAAGGUGUUUAGAGUUUGUUCUACUUCUACUUGCUUGUUUGGCGGUUCUUGCAUCGAAGUUAAUCAAUUUGAAUUUAAAUGUGUCUGUCCCACGGGAAGAACUGGAAAACGCUGUUCAGCAAUUGCUGAUGAUCCCUGUACUAGGUGCCACAAACAUGCAACAUGCAAUCAAGACACCUGUCAGUGUAAAGAAGGUUAUUCUGGAAGCGGAUACUUUUGUGAGAGAGAAAGAAGUAAUUGUCAUCCAAACCCAUGUGAAAAUGAGGCAACCUGCAUCGAUAAAUACUACUACUUGGAUGAUACAAAAUCUGAUGACUCAUCAUUUUAUAACAAAGACUCUUCUCAUGAUAAUGUUGUAUCUAAAAGUAGCGAAAUUGAAGGGGAAUUUAUGGCAGAGCAUGGAUUUGGUGAACAAAAUCCAAUAAAACAAAUCAAUGAUAUGAGCAUGGAAUCAAAAGCUAAAUAUUUAUACAAACGUAGUAUAAAUACCACAAUGAAUUCUGGUCUGGUAAUUUUACUAAGAUCAAAAGUAAAAUCAAAUCUUAGAAGUGUUUAUCUAAAAAAGAGUUCUAAAGAUGAACUAAUGAAACAUAAUUUUACCAAUCUUCAUAACUCACUUAGUUCAUAUUUUAUAAAAAAACAAGUAAAAAGUAAUAAUGACAAUGAAUAUUCGGAUAAAAACAGAAUCAAACGUAAUGAAGAUGACCUUCCUUCAGGAGUGAAUAAAAAUGAUUUGAAUUUUUAUGGAUUUGCAUGCAUUUGCCCAAUGAGAUUUAAAGGUCACAAAUGUGAAAUUCCAGAGCCAUGUAAUCCAAAUCCUUGUGGAAAUAAUGGAGUUUGCUCUGAUAAAAACGGUGUUCCAAGCUGCAAAUGUGAAUACCCAUAUGUUGGGAUGACUUGUAAUGCAACUGAUUCAUGUAAACCUAAUCCAUGUAAAAAUGCUGGGAAAUGCACAGAUAAUGAUGGUGUUGCUGUGUGCACUUGUUUACCUCGAUAUGAGGGGGAUAAAUGUGAAAUUGAUCGCUGUGAUCAGUGUCAUACAAAUGCAGAAUGUUCAAAUGGUGUUUGCAAAUGCAAACAAGGCUUUUUAGGUGAUGGAAAGAUAGUCUGUGUUAAAGAUCGGGCUUUUUCUGAUCCAUGCAAUGACCAAGUCUGUAACAAUGGUGGUACAUGUGUAGCAACAAGCGAAACAAGUUUUCGUUGCUUUUGUAAAUCUAUGUAUUAUGGAAAGUUCUGUGAAGAAAAAAUGCAUCCUACACCUGCUGUACUUACUACUACUUCUACAAAAACCACUCAAAAGUCUGUGCAAACUACUGAUAGGCCCCAGUGCCAUCCUAACCCUUGCUUGAAUGAUGGCCAAUGUAUUGUUAGUGGUGAUAUUGGUUACAAUUGUUUGUGUACACCCCAAUUUAAAGGGCAGCAUUGUGAAGAUGAUAAAUGUAUGGAAUGCGAUCUUCAAGCUUUAUGUGUAGAUGGGCAUUGUCAUUGUCAUCAUGGUUAUCAUGGUGAUGGGUACACAUGUACCAAAAAUGAUCAAUGUGAUGAACCCUGCCCUCGUAAUGGUAUCUGUACACAUGGCAUUUGUGUUUGUGAGCAAGGAUAUUAUAUGGAUGAAGACAAAUGCAAACGUGUCCCUUUUGCUGCAAAGCAUAAUCCGCAUGAAAGAAGACUUGAACUGGUUCAUUCAAAGACAUCACUAUCGCCACCACCACCAUCACCACCACCACUGUUAGGGACGCUGCCACCACCACAAAGUCAUUCCCAACAUACUCCAUUAUCUCCACCUUAUUUGCAGCCUGUUUUACUUAAUUCACCCAAUCCAGUUAAUUAUUUAACUUCACUUCCCAAGUACACAAGUUAUCAACAGCCAGUUGCUGUUAAUCCUCCUAAUUCUUAUAUGACAACUUCUACUGAACAUUACAUGCUACCUAAUAAUUAUGUCACUAAUUCCAAUGAGAAUAUUUUCAAGCCAACCUCUUUAAAUGUUCAGUAUCCAUUAUUAGACUCACAGCCAAUAGUUUCCCCUGCUAAGCCUAUAAUUUCAUUGACAUCAUAUAAUCAGCAAAGCAACCAGAACCCAUUCAUCCGGUCUCCUAUGGAAAAAUUCGAAAAGAAGCUAAAGGAUUUAAUGGCAUUAGGACUCUCUGAUAGUGUAGCCAGGGCUUUAAUAAAGUCUGCUCCAACCAGAAUUAUGAAAAAAGGAAAUGUGAAUUAUGCUGAAGAUAUAGUGAUUUCCGUUUAUCAGAAUUUAGGAUGUUGGAAAGAUACGGAAUAUUGGUGGGAUCCUGACAAGCGAGCUAUAAAAAGUGUUGAAGGAAAGCAUCCAAAAGUGUCUGGUGAUUACAACACACGAAAGGAUCCUAUAGGGAAAUGUGCUGAUACUGCCAAAGAAUUGGGAUUUAAAUUAUUUGCUCUUCAAAAUGGUGGCCAAUGUUUUACUUCAGCUGAUGCUCAACUAAACUACAUGAAGUAUGGAAGAUCGGAUAAAUGUCGCAACGGUGUAGGAGGUCCUUUGGUGUCAGACGUAUAUUCGUUAUAGGAAUUUUGAUUAAUAUUUAUACAAUUUUAUUUCAAAAUGGGAUUUUAGCCUUAAAUCAUUUACGAUGUCUUCAUAAUUAACAAAAAUGAGGCAUUUAUAUUAGCUACUUUUUCGCUUACUUGCUUUACUUUAGUUACUUUAUUAUAAAGAUGCUGAGGUAGAUGAGGCAGUUGAGGCAAUUUAAAUUUAUUGUGUUAUAAGCAUGCUAUCAUAGUUUUUAUGUUUGUAUUAAACAAAACAAAAAAAUUUCAUCAUAAUAGACACGAUAUGGUAUAUAUUUUUUUAGUUAUUGAAUGUAUAUAUUGAUAUUUUCAAAGAUUUUAUUUU